AUGUAUUCUAACAUAUUUUUACCAAGACAAUGGUCGCGAAUCGCAUGUCUCUGUCGAACGGUUUCGACCGUAGAAGCUCAAAAGCUUCCACAAAAUAGCAAUUCAAGUGACGGUAUUUCACCGCCACCGCGAAUUCCUAGAGGACCUACAGAUAUUCUUCAAGCUUUGGCUGCCACAGUUGGUCCAGAUCCAACAGCUGCUCAUUACAAGUACCAUGAUGAUCCAUACUUGAUACCUCUUUCAAACUUCCGAAAGCGGUCAUAUGCAUUAUCAGCUGAAGCUGGCAGAAAAGCAGCUGCAUGGAUUAGAGACGAACAUGCUGAUCUUUUCACUACUCGAGAGUGGGAUCCUCCUGGUAAAAAGAAAACUCCAUAUUUAAAUGCUGACCCAUACAUUGAGGCUUUUGCUCCGAGACCAAUAUAUAAUGAUGAAAGUAAGGUUACUGAAGAAGACUUCAAUUACACAAUACAAAAUGCACUUCUUGAAGAUGCAAUAAAAGUGUAUGAACUCCUUGGUGGAGCGCAGGUGAUAAGUGAUGAGCUGAAAAUCAAAUUUCUCCAGUUACUCUGCUUCUAUAAUGAAAAGGAACCAAUUUCUAUGGAUUGGGUGGAAGAGAGAUGGUUUGCAGCAAAUACUCGUGAGAGGCAGGCAGCUACUUGGAGAUUGGGCGGGCUAGCUGAUAGUAUUUUCACUUCCAUGGAACCAAAAACACCUGAGGCGUAUUGUGCUGUAAUACAAGGAAUGGCGAAAUAUUAUCAAGCAGAAAGAGCACAUGCAUUAGCCCAAGAAGCAAUUGAACAAGGUAUACCAUUGUCAACAAGUGUAUUCAACUCACUUUUAAGCUGCAUUGGAUUUCUGAAGGAAGGUACUACUUUAAGAAUAGAAGCUUUGAAAACUUUACUAAGUCAAAUGAAUGAACAGGGUUUAACACCAAACCACGAGACGCUAACGGCAUGUCUCCGCUCUGUAUCAGCAUGGGGCGGUGGUAAAAUUUUACAACAAAUUGCUUUACAAGUCAUUGCGGAGUUCCGUCAAAUUGGCAUUCAACCCGGACUAUCGGCAUACUAUUAUUUGCUAUGUUUAUUUUGCAAAGAGCGUGGUGCUCAAAUAGAUAUCCUUACAAGUAUUCUAAAUGAUUUGGAAAAAAGAGAAAAAUUGGUACCACAAGAAGCAACUGAUACUAACUUCUUUAUCACCGCUAUGGGAGUGUGCAGUGAUCAUUUACAGAAUAUCGACUUAGCAGAACGGUUACACAAACUUCUAAUGAAAGAUGACAACUAUAAACUAGUUGGAGAUGCUUACAAGGAAAGUAUUUACUAUCGGCAUUAUAUAACGGUGACUUGCAGACACGCUCCGUUCGAGAAAACUCUCCAACUUCUAGACACUUUAGUACCAAACGUAUACGUUCCCGAACCGUCGGUUAUGGAAGAGAUAAUAAGAACGUUGGAGGUGGGCGGCGCUGGUGAUCGUUUGGCGCAGGCGUGGUCGCAGCUCGUUAUUUUCGGUCACGCAAACCGAACAAGGCUUGUCGAAAGAUUACUGGACGCUUUCUGCAACUGCUAUCAGUAUCAAGAUGAUGAAGUGAAAGCCAAAAUACGUUCUGCCGCUGCCGAUAUACUUAAGUUUGGCCAGAUGGCGGAAGAAAAAGAAGAAUCCGGUGACAGAAGAUCGCCCGUUCAAAAAUUAUCAGCAACAGCGAUAUCCAACAUAAUCGAGCUGUGUUCCGACGUUCAGGACAAAGCGGACCCCGGCUGGGACAUUGUCGGGGAAGCGUUGAACAAACUUCGCGCUGAACAAGCUAUGGGAGUGCCGGCGAGGCCGGAGAUACUCAUCGAAGUCGCGAAGAAGGCCGCUACCGUUGGGAAACCUGGCAUUGCUGCUACUGCAGUGACAUAUUUGGCCGAUUGCGGAUUUGAGGAAGCAUUAACAGCCAGCGUCCAAACUUUGAGCCUGAUGCUGAACCGAACUGAAGAAGAGGUGCAAGCGCUGUUACAAGAGGAUAGGACCAAACUGACUAGUGCAUUGCACCCGUCUGCGCUUGUCGUCGCCGAAGCUUACCAUGCAAUGAAAACAGGAACGACACUACAUUCUGAUUCGUCGACGAGUUCAGAAAGUGACAGUGACUCCUCAUCAGAUAAUGAAUAA